GUUGUCGUGUUGAAGUUCUUAGUAACAAAUUGAUAUGCGGAAUUCCGUAAGUGUACAACCAAGGUGUAUGAUGAAUAAGUAAGAAAAAAAUGGUUUCGUUCUUAUUCGUCCGGGAGGCGCUCCUCCACACGCUUGGGCAGCCUGCAGUAGAUGUGCUCAUUGGGGGACGAGUAUUCGGCGCACCGGCACGGGUGGCACCAGUUAUGGGUUUCAGAAAGUCACUUUUAGUUUUUUUAAUUAGACAACUUACUAACAAAUAAUGUUGUGAAGAUUCGUCAUUGUACCAAUCCACAGCCCUAGUGAUUCGUGAGGUUGUGAUUGAUUACGGUUACAACCGACAGUGGUCGGUACUGAGUUUGUAAAUUCAGGAGCUCGCGGUCGUUAAUCAUGCUGACUGAGCUCUAAUAUCAAACUCGUAUCGACGAACUAUAGAGGUGGGCCUCUUUCGCCGACAGCAACUCUGUCCGACUCGACUUCGCGGACAGCGUCUCUUAUGGAUUGGUUUCAACUUGAUUUAGUGGGUGUGCUCAGUUUCAUUCUUAAGCACCUCAUUCGAAAGGAUUAAGAUCCUUACUACCUCGCCCAGGGAAAUCUUAGAACCAUUGGGGAACAACACUUCGUCCUUGGAUCUGUAAAGUUGAUGCUCCAACAAGACCGAUCAUGAAGGUUCAUUUGUACAGUUCAUUUGGAUCCCCCCUUCCCCCACUAUGCUCCCACUGAAAACGAGAUCAAGAAUGGGCUGUGUGAAAUUAUUAUUUCUCCAACUCGGUUAUUUUAGUUUUUCGAGUACCUAGCUUCUAGUAGCUACUACCAUUGCUUCCAAGGACGAAGUGACGUUCCCCAAUGGUUCUGUGCUACAUUGGGGAACAUCACUUCGUCCUUGGAAGCAAGAAGUCCAGUUGCAUCUUCUCGCUCUAACUCAUCUGCCACAGCUUUCCUCGCCGACGAUGCAGAUACCUCAGAAAAUGGCCAGAGUCGCACCUCAUCGUUCAUCUCUCAGACCACCGCGUCGACUGGUAACGGGGGGCACUCAGCAACCACUGGUGGGGCGAACGCAGAGGCUCUUGCUGACCAACUAAAGCACCGGAUUGAUGAAGUAGAAAACAAGGCUGAGAAAGCAGAGCAUAAGGCUGAGAAAGCAGAGCAGAAGGCUGAGAGAGCAGAGCAUGAGGCUAAGGACGCAGAGCAUAAGGCUGAGAGAGCACAGGAGAAAGCUGAGAAAGCAGAGCAUGAGGCUAAGGACGCAGAGCAUGAGGCUAGCAAAGCGUUAUCUGCAGCUGAGGACGCAGAGGCUGCGUCUAAUGACGCGGAGGCUGCAGUGCAAGACAGCAAGGAUCAACAGGAAGCUGCAGUCCCAACCACGGGACAAAAUAGAGCUUCCCCACAAUCAAGUGUGCGUGCUGUUGUCCCGCGACUGCAGCUUCCAGGAAGUAGGCCGCCGGUUCAACAACCGCCCGUGGAGCAGCAGCCACAAGCUGACAAUAACGUCGAACAAACUGGUAUCUAUAAGUCUGACCUUUUUGUUUUCACUUCUUCAAUAAAGUCAGAGUCAGAGACUGAUCAAAGGACAUGAAAAUGUCAGUCACAAAACACAAACAUAUUAACUUUCCAUGAAAACAUACAAGGUUUUCCCGCGAGCGUGGAGCGGGUGGACGGACAGUCGCCGCAGGGACAAAUUAAGGCUGUGGCGUGUGAAAAUUCGUUUCUUGUAGUUUCUAAUUUAAGGUGAUCUAACGAGAAUUGAUUCUUAAUAGCUUUCUUCAGACACAUUCCAUAUUCUUAACUGUAUCGAGAUCUACCAUAUUAAAUAUGUAUCUUGUACUUCUAUUUGGAGUGCAUUUUUUUUGCUGAGAAACAACCUAGUAUAGCUCUAAGAACAACGUGGAUCAGCCUGCGCAAGAGCCAACCGCAAGAGGCGCUCAGUCGCGUCAAGGAACCUCAGAAGCGACUCCUGGCACUGCGAUUCGAGAGGGAGUUGCCGUCGCGAACGAAGACGAGUCUAAAACUGGUGCAGCCGUCGCGAACGAAGACGAGCCUAAAACCGUGUCAACUCCUGUUGGUGGAGAAGGUGGAGGCAUAGCUGCUAGUGCUGGUGACAAGACAGAAGGCACUGAAGUUACGCACAAUUUUAGAAUGGAUCAACGCAUCAUUCUACUAGAUUGGGUGUAUCAGAAUAAACUUCCAGUUCUAUGUAAAUGUAAAUUGAUUUCCUUCUAAUCAUAGUGCAUCUACGAAAAGCGACGAUGGCCACAAGGACCCUAACUCGGACAUUUCUUCGGCUGAGAAUACGAGUCCAGCUCCAGAGGCGCAGGGGGGCGACGGGGAGGAAGGAAAGGAGGAGGAUCAAAAUUCAGAAGCUGAGCUUCAAGCAGCUGCCUCUCAGUGUUGCGGACAAGCGUCGCCUGAGGAUGGUGACGGUUACGAGAUUACUUAUAUUCAAAGUAAGGAACUUGAAAUUGUUCACUCAACAGAGAUGACUUUUUUUACAUUGUCAGCACCCUGCUAUGAUGUGCUAUGAAGAAGAAACUAGACCAAGACCUCUAAGACGAAGAGCAGGAGGCCGAAAAAGAACAAGAGGGGAGCGAAAAGCAGGAAGAGGGGAGCGAAAAGCAGGAAGAGGAGGGCGUAAAGCAGGAAGAGGAGGACGUAAAGAAGGAAGAGGGGGACGUAAAGAAGGAAGAGGAAGACGUAAAGCAGGGAGAGGAAGACGUAAAGCAGGAAGAGGAGGGCGAAAAGAAGAACAAGGGCGUAAAGAAGGAAGAGGAAGAGGAGGGCGAAAAGCAGGAAGCGGAAGACGUAAAGAAAAAAGAGGAAGACGUAAAGAAGGAAGAGAAGGGCGAAAAGCAGGAAGAGGAAGACGUAAAGAAGGAAGAGGAGGGCGAAAAGCAGGAAGAGGAUGGCGUAAAGCAUCGAGAAGUUAAGAGCGAAGAGGCUCCUAUACCCAUUCGUAGAUACCGAGUAUACAUGCAAGUUCGAAGUACACUGAAGCCGAGGCUUCCUAUAUGUAAUAGCUUCGAUAUCUUUUGGUUGGAGUGCAUAUUAUACCACAUCAUUAUCGUUAGUAGACACUUUGAUGUCACUGCACGUACCUACGCUUGCUGUAGAGCUUGGCUGGAAGUUUCAUAGAAAUAGAAGAAGAAGAUGUCAAUUAUGAAAGAUUUCUAACCUCUUUCUCAGGGAAGCAGAGAAACAUGUGGAUGAGGCGGAAUUUGAGGAUAAUCUUGGUUCGUGUGGCGCCUGUGGGCGUAGCUGCGUCGCUGUGA